AUGGAGAAAGUGUUCAAUGGUUCACGUACCUUGGAAGAUUUCUGCGAGUGGGCGUUAGAAAAAGAGCAUAAUGGAAUGAUUUUCAUCGCACAUAAUUCAAAGGGAUAUGAUGAAAUUAUGAUUCUGAAAUACUGUCACGAUCACAAUAUACUACCAGAAGUCAUCAUGAAUGGUUCAAAAGUCAUGCAACUAUACAUCAGUCGUGCAGAUAUCAAAUUCAUUGAUAGCUUGGAUUUCCUGCCCAUGGCUCUAUCUAAACUUCCUAAGACCUUUGGCAUAGACGAGUUACACAAAGGCUUUUUUCCUCAGUUACAGAGGACCGAUACCCAAGGAUCGUUAUUUUGA